UAACAUAAAUACGUAAUGCGGAACUGCUAAAAAUUACCAAGGCCUGUGGUUUUCCGAAUGAGCUAUACCGACACGGAAACAAUAUGAAAUUCCACUUCCCUUCUACAUGGGAAACAUUCUCAAGCAAUAUCGGCGUUAUAUAUUGGAUAUAGUGUUCUGCAGGACAUGACAAAAUGAAUUGGCAUGGACACGAGGGUUUGUUACCAACAACAUUUCUGUUUGUUGUGUAUGUUUUUCUCCUGAUACACCAAGGUGACACCAAAUGCGUGUACAAAACUCGCCGACUCUUGAAGGAUGGCUGUGUGAACUACUGUCCCGAGGACCAAUGUCCCGAGGAAUGUACCUACUGUGACAGCGGCUUCUAUGGGUCUGACUGUACACGGAGCUGCCGAGGACACUGCUUGAAUGGAAGGUGUGCCCUUCUGGCUAAUGGUAGAGCCGUUAACUGUACGGAGGGUUGUAUGGAGGGGUGGAGGGGGUUAACGUGUAGUACUAGAUGUAAGUAUCCUUGUCGGGAGUGUGGGAGAUACACUGGAGACUGUGUGGGGCAAUGCAGGGAUGGUUUCUACGGACCUGGAUGCUUACAGCGAUGUCCAUAUUCCUGUUCCCGAUGUGACAAAAACAACGGAGUAUGUUUGCCUAACACUUCUUCUGAUGCAGACCUAUCGCCGAUAAAACACAAAAUGACAUUAAGCCUGACAAAUGGUAGUGGCAUUAACAAGACUCACAGCAGUUACGUGAACAAGACACGCAGCAGUCACAAAGCAGAGUUACAUCAACACUCUGCAGUGACGUCAAGACCCCUUGGUGACAGAUGGUCAAUAUCCCCAUAUUUCCUCACUGGCAUUGCUGUAUUAUCUGCAGUAAUUACUUUCAUUAUCGUCAGCAUCGCCAUCACCAGCAUGAAAGCAACAAGAAUGCAAUCGAAGACGGGAGCAGUUGAGAAGCGUGAAGAGUCUUAUCGGCUCCUCAAUGUGAAAGUCAACGUUAUUAUAAGUAAUGUAGUUUCGUGAAUCUGUAUUAACUGACAUAGGAUGAAACAGACAAAUACGCGAGUAAAAUACCGUACACCAAAAGUGUAUUGAAAGUUAGUAGGGCGUGACAGGUUUUAAAUAACUGCUUUCAAAAAGUUAAAUGUUCAAUAAUAACUUGCUUCUUAAAAUGGAAGUAAAAAUGUAUUUCAAUGAUUUAACAACUACUCAAAGACUUUUGAGAACCUGUGGAAAACUACCACUAGGUGAAGUUCUUUCAUUCACAAGAGAGCAAGUGAUCCUCAAAGGUUUCAAAAACCAUAAACAUGUGACCUACCAGGAGAAAAGGGACCUUAUGGUUGCUUGGAUACAAGUUUGCAGUGACGUCAUAAAGAAAAAAACGUCAACUUACUGUGUGCGGACAUCGUAUAUUCUCUCUUUUCUGCAUUUCGGCAUAUAUACCUAGUUUCAAUCAGACAUUAUAUCUAAAAACUGACAUUAUUACAUAAACAGUCAUAAGUCUGAAAAUGAGUCCAAAUGUUUGAACUCAUGUGUCUCUGUAAUACAUAUGAAUUUAAGCUUAUCAACUGUAUUUUCGUGGCCCUGCGAUCCUGUAAUUUUAACAUAUAAUAAGAAAUCAAAAUGUGAUUUUUCACCCAUAAGGUCCGUCAUCUCAUGGUUGGACACAUAUAUAGCAGCUUAUUAUACAUUUCGGAGUUCAAUAUAUUCUUUAGAUAGUAGUUCACAUUGGUUGUAUUGGGUCUACUCUACUACGCAAUAAACAUGGGUAAGUUUCAUAUGGAUAAGCAGGAAAAAGAGGUUUUGUGCAUUUUUCACCCGUUGAGAUCAUGAUAAAAGCUCUCGAUAAGUAACCAAAUAUCUACGAAGAGGUACAUGUUUGUUUGUUUGUUGUUAAAUGCCGCACUCAGCGAUAUUCCAGCUAUAUUCCAGCUGUACAUAAUCGAGUCUGAACCAGAAAAUCUAGUGAUUGACAUCAUGAGCAUCGAUCCACGCAAUUGGGAAACGAUGACAUGCAUCAACCAAGUCAGCGAGCCUGACCAUCCGAUACCGUUAGUCGCCUCUUAAGACAUACGUGUGCGCAGCCUGAAACGGCUACUCUAGGUAAUUACGCAGUGUUGUUAGAAUAAUGGAUUUUUGAAAUUCGUCAUGCGUAUUUUUACGUCAAGGAGUAGAAUGACCGGAUAUUUAUAUUUAAAGUCAGGAGAAAGGGUAGAGUUGCUUCCCUUUUAUGAUACCAGCUAACAAAGAAAGUAAUGCGAAUGAAUAAUUUUUUGAUGUGUUGUUGAAGAUGGUUUAAUACGUCAUCGUUUAUUGACAACACAAUUUAAAUAUUAAUUGAUUCCCAUAUAACGCGUUAUUUUUCUUAAAUUAUUUUACUGAAACAUCAUUUAUACAUCAUAAUUUGUCUAAACCUUUCUGUCAGUUGAUUUUGAUUUAAGAAACUGACGAGAGUUAAAGGCUAAGGCAGUUUAACAUUUCCGUUUGUUGACAUUCGCUGCGGUUUGUUUUCUUUGGUUGAAAAUACAUAAUGCUAUUGAACAGUGAAUCACAAAACAGUAUACAGUCUCCUAGAAGAUGUAUUUUUGGGUUUGUUUUUAUAUUCUAGACAUGUAAAUUCUGUAGAACUAGAGAUAAAGAUAUAAAGGUAGGUAAAGCAUUCUUCAACAAUCGAUACCUGUGCUGUCUGUGACAGAUUCCUUUGUUUGAAGACUUUAUUGAUGAAUGCCCCGGCGGUGGCCCGAGUUCGAGUAGGUCAUUGAAUCAUCCAACUGAUCAUAAGAGGCGAUUAAAUUGCUUCGGGUGGUUACGCUUGGUGAUAUCUUAUCAUCGUACCUGUCAUUCUGAAUGUCUUUCCUGUUGUUGAUUAUCAUUCUUUGAAUAUAUGCGUCCACAAUGUUGGCUUAUCCAGACUAAAACAAAACGUAGCACUGAAGAAGCAUUUUUUAAGCACAAGAGGUCCCAGUUGCUCUGCCACCAAGAUCGGCACAAAUAAACGGAAAAAAACGCUAGACAAAAACAAACUGUUUGCAGUGCAUACUUGAACAGAUGAAGAAUUGUAUGUAUUUUGUUCUCUGUGUGUCCGUGUCGUGUCCUCAUAUAUAACUUGAUCCCGUUCAAUUUUUUGUUGUUUUUAAGCCAAUUAGUUUUCAAGCUUGUUAUGUAUUCCCGUUUUUGCAGACCCUUUACAAUAAUUAGAGUAUCAACUUUGAUAGGCCUUUAGACGUAAGAUGACAACAUGGACAACAGUAUGGACAACAACCUCUUUGGUAUACAUACAGGAUUGACAGAGUGGGAGAGCAUGACAUUUAUACACAAACAUACAAUAUUAAUAUCAUGUUUAUUAUCUCAUUUAAACUCUUGUGUAAAAACAUCACCUUGUAUCCACUCACCUAUAACUUGUCAAGUCCGUGUCGAAUAAAGGUCAAGGUCUCGAUUAAACGCCGGAAGUAAACGCUGGAUAAAGAGCGUCUUAAAGGAAUAUACGCCCGGGGGGUUUGUUUAAUACGGUACUCCUUUGUUAAUCUACAAUAAAUGUGUCUGCAAAA